AUGUGUUAUUUUAUUUCCCAUUACACAAGUAGAAAAAAUGAGCAUAGCAUUCAGCUUUCAGGGUCAUGUUUAAUAAUGUGACGCCAGAAAGUUAAGUGAAACGCAAGAUUACAACUCGGCGUUAAAACGCUGACGCGGAAAGCAAAUCUCUAUCGGCAUGUGGGUCUCUCAUAGAUUUGGCUCUUCUUACAGAAUAAUACAACCAAGGUCUUCAUCUUGAACCAUUCACGACCGUGAAUUCGUGCUUCAAAUUUUACCAACCACGAUAUCCACCAUCAUCCAUCAUCACCCACCCAUUAACUAAUCAAAUUAAUACUCACCACCCUUGUAAGAAAGCUGCGAACUUUCGGUUUUCCCAGCUGAAAUUCACUCCUUUCGCUAACUGGGUCGUCUCCGAGCGAUGCGUGGAGCUGAGGGCGGUGGUGGUUUCGCCGUCAGAGGCGGUAACAUCUACUGGGGGAGGAAAGAGGAAGCUGAUUUCAGAGGAAUCGUUGUAAUCUUCGCUUGGGUUUCUGUUCCUCAGACGCUGUUACGAGAAUUCGUUGAUCUGUGUUCCUCUUUGGGGUGGAAUUCCCUUGUUUGUUUUGCUCAUUAUCUCUCGGCUUUCCAUGAUGAAAGUGCCACGCCAUUGGCAUUCUGUGUUCUUGAUGAACUUAUUGAGGAGCUGAGAACUAGGUCAUGUCCUGUUGUAUUUACCGCUUUUUCUGCUGGCUCAAAAGCCUGUCUGUACAAGGUAUUUCAGCUUAUUGAUGGAAGAUAUGAAAGUCCUCUCAACUUGCCUAACUAUCAAUUACUCAGGAACUGUGUUUCUGGCCACAUAUAUGAUUCUGGUCCGCUAGAUAUUACAAGUGAUUUUGGCUUUCGCUUCGCAGUACCCCCUUCCAUUGCAAAAGUGCCUGGACCAUCAAAACUUGUUUCUUUGGUAGCAAAAUCUUUUACUUCUGGUUUGGAUGCUUUAUACCUAACUAGAUUUGAAUCCCAAGCUGCUGAGCAUUGGCAGGCUUUAUAUUCUUCUGUUAAUUUUGGAGCUCCAUUUCUCAUUUUAUGCUCUGAGAAAGAUGAAUUUGUGCGAUACCAAAGUAUCUAUGAAUUUGCCCAACGACUACGCAAUCUCAAUGGUGAUGUCAACCUUGUAAAUUUCAGUAGCUCCUCUCACCUUGGUCAUUAUAAACACCAUCCAAUUCAAUAUAGAGCUGCUGUGAACCAUCUAUUAGAGAAGGCCACUACAAUAUAUUCACAGAAAGUGAUGCUUGAAAGAGAAAGAACUGGUAUUGAUGGUACACAUGAUGAAAUAUCUGAGUUAAUCUGUGACCUGCAGAAGGUGGCAAUCAAUUCAAAUAAGAGCCUUAGAAGAGUUGCAGUAGGACCAACUGACCACUUCUUUUUACCUAGUUCAGCAGGACAUUACAGUGAUAGAGAAUCUGUGACUCCGCAAGACGAACAGAAAGAAAAACCUGUUAGUCUGCCUAGCCUCCCAAGCAUCAGUGCUCAUAGUGUACUUGGCCAAUUUCUUUUCGAUGUGUGUGUUCCGAAGAAUGUUGAGGGUUGGGAUGUGAAAUUUUCUGGGAAUCUAAAUGGGAGGUCGUGUGCUUCGGCUCCUAGGCAUUCACCUUUCAGAGGUACUAAACGCAUUGGUCGGUCCAAAUUAUAAAGUUGUUCCCAUAUCUGACUCGAGGAGAUACCUUAUGGUAAACAUCAGCAAUUUUCCUAGACAUCACAGGAAGAUAGUUUAGAUUUUGGUGCAAUAGGUGGCAGUGGAAGUGUAAAAUGGUUGCAAUGGCUCAACUAUUAAUUCCUUGGCACUUAUGAGAAAAUGAUGGGGUGAUAUGGAUACAGGUUACCUGAGUUCCAUCCUUUCUGAAUGCCCUCAGAAGUAAACAAACACAUGACUGUUGUCAUAGGAGAGCUUCUGAUAGUCCAAACUGGUUGUUACUUGGCUAUGGUAAUUGCAUUUGCAUGAAAUGGUAUAAAACUGUACUGACUUAUUUGUUAUUAGAGCAAGAAAAUAGCUGUGCAUAUUAUAUAUUUUUGAGGGAAUAAAACUUUUCAUGUUUAAGGCUGGAAGAGACUUGUAAAUAAGACAUGUCUAGCAAUGUACAGAAGAGGAAAAAGAGGGAUAUAAUCCCUCUUCUGUUGUUUUACUAGGUUUUUUUGUUAGCAGGA